GUUCGACUUCCUUUCCGAGCUCGUCGGCCAUAGAGCACCAUCAACAUGGGCAAGUUUAUGAAACCUGGUAAGGUGGUGAUGGUCCUGGCUGGACGUUAUGCCGGACGCAAGGCUGUGAUUGUCAAGAACAUUGAUGACGGCACCUCGGACCGUCCUUACAGCCAUGCUCUGGUCGCCGGUAUUGACCGGUAUCCUCGUAAAGUCACCACAACCAUGGGCAAGAAGAAGAUUGCCAAGCGGUCCAAGAUCAAGGCCUUCGUGAAGGUGUUCAACUACAACCACCUGAUGCCAACCAGAUACUCUGUUGACAUUCCUCUGGACAAAACUGUUGUCAACAAGGAUGUUUUCAGGGACCCUGCCCUGAAGCGCAAAGCCAGGAGAGAGGCCAAGGUUAAGUUUGAGGAGAGAUACAAGACAGGCAAGAACAAAUGGUUCUUCCAGAAGCUCCGAUUCUAAGUUUUCAUUGGUUUUGCAAAUAAAUCUGUUAAAAAAAUCUCCCAAAGUGGUCCUUGCCUUAUUUCUGUUGGUUUUGCAUUCUUAUCUUCUGUUACUUGAGUCAUGAUAUUAGUUUUUGAAUUGAUUGCAUAUAUUGCUUGAUGUGUUUAUAAUUCCUCAUUAUUGUCAUCAAAACAAUAUUCUGAAGGGUGUUUAGGGUCUUCUGUCUUGUUUGAAGUCAUCAUUCAGAGUGUUGCAUCACGUAAAAUAUUUGUGCACCGUGUUAACAACUGUAAUAACACGCUGCAUAACAAAUAGCCGAGUGGUAAUGCAGACCCACAUAGUUUAGUUUCCACAACCGUUUUUACACUCUUGAAUAUUGGAGGGAUAUAAAAGCCAAGGCACCACCCUAUGCUUGCUCAGAAUCAACAGGUUAGGUCAUCCAUUUUGUGUUUGACAAUGAACUGCAGAAGCUCAAAAUAAACCUUUUGCUGUAA